GAAGAAGCCGAGGGCCUGGUGCCGUAUGGCCCGGUUCUGCCGAUGGACCCGAAGCGCGUCUUGUCGUACUCGCACAGCGUGGCAGGUAUCCGGGCCAUCCGCGCUGCGCCAACGCACCUCGAGAGCACGUCGCUGGUGGCCGCAUAUGGCCUGGACCUGUUCUUCACGCGCACCAGCCCGUCGGGCACCUUUGACCAGCUGUCGCCGUCGUUCAGCAAGACCAACCUGAUUGUGACCAUCCUGGCUCUGACUAUCGGCUGCGUUGUUGGUGGGCCGCUGGUCCGCCGCAAGGUCACCAAGCAAGCGUGG